GUUACAAAGAAGAAAAGAGGGAGAGUGAGGUUAGGAAAAAAAAAAUCUAGAGAGAUACAAUGGCACAAAUAGUAUCAGUCCCUGUUUUGAUAGUAGGAGCUGGCCCUUCUGGUCUUGCUAUAUCAGCAUGUCUAAAUAAUCUUUCAAUCUCCAAUACUGUCUUAGAAAGGGAAAAUUGUUAUGGCUCUCUUUGGAAGCAUAGAUGCUACGACCGAGUGUCCCUCCAUCUUGCAAAACAAUUUUGCGAGCUCCCACUCCAUCCACAUUCCCCCACAACACCAAAAUACAUGCCAAAAGCCACUUUCCUUGCAUACCUAGACGAGUAUGUGUCAAAAUUCAACAUAAACCCCAGGUACAACCGUCACGUUGAAUCCGCUGAAUUUGAUGAAAGCAUAAAGAGCUGGAGGGUUGAAGCAAAGAACCUCCUUUCGGAGGUGACUGAAGUUUAUGUGGCUGAGUUCCUAGUGGUCGCUACUGGAGAAAACUCAGAAGGUGUGAUCCCACAGAUUCCAGGUUUGGACACCUUUCCUGGAGAAAUCCUGCAUUCUAGUCUGUACAAAUCUGGGAAACAGUACGAGGGUAAGAAUGUUCUGGUUGUCGGUUGCGGUAACUCUGGUAUGGAAAUCAGUCUGGAUCUAUCUAACUUUGGUGCAAGAACUACCAUUGUUGCUAGAAAUCCUAUUCAUGUUCUGAGCAAAGAGAUGGUGUAUACGGGUAUGUUCCUGUUGAAACACUUGGGUGUUGGUCUUGUGGACAGAGCUGUUACAUGGCUGUCGACUUUAAAGUUCGGAGACUUAACCAAAUACGGGAUACGUCGACCUACCGAAGGACCGUUUUAUCUGAAGGGCCUGACAGGGAGAAGCCCCACUAUUGAUGCAGGAACAGUAGCGAAGAUCAAAGCAGGAGAGGUCAAGGUCGCACCAGAAAUCAGCCAUAUAAAUGCAAAUCUUGUUACUUUUAGGGAUGGAAAAGUGUCUUCUUUUGAUGCCAUUAUUUUGGCUACUGGAUAUAAAAGCUCUGCAAACAAAUGGCUGAAGGAUUUUAAGUACAUUCUGAACAACGAUGGACUCCCAAAACAGAAACAGCCAGAUCACUGGAAAGGGGACAAUGGCAUCUACUGCAUAGGACUCUCGAAGAAUGGACUGUUUGGAAUUGCAAGAGAUGCCAAGGAGGCUUCGGAUGAUAUCUUUAAAACUCUCAAAGCAAGAGAGUGAGCUUGGUGGAAAUUAAGACUAUGUUCUAUGUUGUUGUAAUGUUUUAAGUACUACCGUUUAUGGUUUAAUCAUGUAUGUUUUUAAUGCUUUCGUCUGUGGUUUUGUACUGGCUGGUGUAAUGCUUUCGUUUGUUAAAUAAAUAAGUUUGGUGUGU